UGGAAUCGCGCAGGGACGAAGGUGCGCCGGUCGAUUUCAUAUCAACUUUGGUGAAAGCAGGGGUGAACAUCACACACACCCGGCGCCCUCUGAAGCUUCCCACAAUGCUUUUAUGAACAAGAUAUCACAGCACCGAGACGCGCAGAGAGCCCAUGUUGUAGAGGAGCACGCAGCAGCAGCAGCAGCCCCGUUCGCACCGGCUCCACGAGUACAAUCUGCUAGACGUGCAUGUCAACUUAGAAAACAAAAUCUGCUUAUUAUUACCUUUCUCUGCGGAGACGACAAUCCCUGGAUCGCAGAAAUUCAUGGAUGUUCUUGGAUAAUCUCUCGCUGUUUUACGCGGAUUGCUGCUCCACGGUCUUGCAUGGUGCACAUCGGUCCAGGAAUGGCGCGAUAAAGUGAUCAGAGGAAUCGGUCCAAGUACACUCACUCUCUUUGUAGCCGUUUCGUCAUGUAUUCUCCGAUUUGUCUUACUCAGGAUGAAUUUCAUCCCUUCAUUGAGGCACUUCUUCCUCACGUCCGUGCCAUCGCCUACACAUGGUUCAAUCUCCAGGCCAGAAAACGCAAGUACUUCAAGAAGCACGAGAAGCGGAUGUCCAAGGACGAGGAGCGCGCGGUGAAGGACGAGCUUCUGAGCGAGAAACCUGAGGUGAAGCAGAAAUGGGCAUCCAGGCUGCUGGCCAAGCUGCGUAAGGACAUUCGGCAGGAGUACCGGGAGGACUUUGUCCUCAGCGUGACGGGGAAGAAGCAUCCGUGCUGCGUGCUCUCCAACCCGGACCAGAAGGGCAAGAUCCGCCGGAUCGACUGUUUGCGGCAGGCUGACAAAGUCUGGCGUCUGGACCUGGUGAUGGUCAUCCUCUUCAAAGGCAUCCCUCUGGAAAGUACAGACGGCGAACGCCUCGUCAAAUCUCCACAUUGCGCCAACCCAGCACUUUGUGUCCAGCCUCACCACAUUACAGUAUCAGUCAAGGAGCUGGACUUGUUUCUAGCAUACUAUGUCCAGGACCAAGACUCACAGCAGUCAGGAAGUCCCAGUAACAAUGAGCCAGGCAAGAACCCUCUUCCAGUCUACUUGGAAGACAGCUUCAUCAAAUCAGGAGUCUUCAGUGUUACAGAGCUGGUGCGAGUGUCCAGAAUGCCCAUCACCCACGGUGCACCGGUAAACUUCUCCAUGGCCGACAUGCCCAGCCAACCCUACUAUCACGACCUGAACUCUGGCGUAGGGCUGCAUCGUUCCCUGUCCUCCCCUCCUGGCAGCAAAAGGCCCAAAACUGUCAACAUGGAGGAGAACAUGGACACCAGCCCGACAGGACCUGACUUCUACUCGUCUCCUAGCUCACCAGCCAGCACACGGGCAAACUGGCACGACAGAGACGGAGACAUGUCCUCUCCUACCAUGAAGAAGCCAGAGAAGCCGUUGUUCAGCCCUACAUCUCCGCAGGACUCCUCACCACGACUCAGCACUUUCCCCCAGCCUCACCACCCGGGCCUAACAGGUGUAGGACACAGUGUUAUAUCAACAAGGAGCCCCCCUCCACACUCGCCCCUGCAGUUCUCCGCCUCUGCCAUCUUGCCCCCGGCACCGUCACCUUACUUCUCGCACACCACCAUCCGCUACCCUCCCCACCUCAACCCCGCGGAUCCCCUCAAGAGCUAUGUGCCGUCGUACGACCCGUCCAGCCCACAGAGCAGCCAGCCUAACAGCAGUGGUCAGGUAGUAGGAAAGGUCCCAGGCCACUUCACCCCAGUGCUGGCUCCUUCCCCACACCACGGCGCUGUGCGACCCGUCACGCUUUCCAUGCCUGACACCAAGCCUAUCACCACAUCCACAGAAGGCUACUCAGCUCCUGGCACCCCGACGGCUAAUCGUUUUGUCGGCCUGAGCACGAGAGAUCCCGCCUUCCUCCACCAGCAACAGCUGAGGAAGUGUGACUGGAGCGUGACUCAAAACGGCAGGCAUUAUGGCCCCAGUGCCACUGACGACACUUUGGGGAUUACUUGGCAAAGUCCUGGUACCUGGGCGAGCUUAGUUCCAUUCCAAGUGUCGAACGGGACUCCGAUUCUGCCAACAAAUGUCCACCAGAACUACAGCAUAAACAUCAUUGGUGAGCCCUUGGUCCCCGCUGAGACAGGGAACUGAACACGCAGAGGCCGGAUGACCUCACAGGGUGGAUGGGUGGUGCAGAGCUCGCACUACAGGCGUCCGCAGCCAUGAGCGAAACCAGCAAAAGCAGCACGAAGCUGCGCAAUCGUCCCCCAACCCUCCCCCUCCAACUCCUGUCCCUCCCCAUGAAGGACACUGGCCGUGAAGAGAAGACGAGGGAAUCGCUUCAGAGGAAAGAGAAGAAGAAGAAGCUUCAGGUCUGCUGUCUGCCCUGCCCACACAUCCACCAGCCACCAGUCAGUCGUUUUGUUUGCAGAACUUUUCAGUCCAUUCAAAUACUGUGAUGUAUAGAUGCCUUAAUGUUUUAUUGCAUGACACUCUAGUCUCAUAGCGGCAAUUCCUAUUUUUCCAUGUCGGAGAAGGGGGAAAAUCUCAAUUUACACACAAACACACACGAGUGAAGAGGUCUGCACAUCAACAACCUCUGCCUGGUGGAUGGCUCCGACUCAGCCCUCUUUAAAAGAGGCUUUCCCACGUCAAAGAUUCACUGUGUGCACCAUAGGAACAAAAAAAUUGUGAAUUCAGAGUGUUUCUUCUUCCGUUUGAUUUCAGUUUACUGUGAUAAGACUCUGUUCAGAAAAUGUGUUGACUUUGCUUAUUCUUUAGUGCUACUUCAAGAAUUAACGCAAACUCUUGUGAGAGUUCAAAACUCUCAUUGCAGUUUUCAAAAAACACUAAAAGUUCGGCUCAAGAUUGGACCCCUCAUUAAAAAAUUCCUUUACAAAAGGAUUUUAAAAAGACGGAGUUUAUGAAAUUCUCAUUAGAGGCAAGUGCAAUUGAAUUUUUGAAGGGAAGCUAUCAGUCUGUCAGCCCUAAGACUCUAAAGGAAGGGGGAUAAAUAUUAAGUGGUUUUUUGGGUAAAAUGUUUAAGAAAACAUUUGAUGAUUUCAGUCGCUUAUCCGUCUCCUCACACAGAUAAACAUCAAGCUGAAAAGCAGUUGAAGGCAAGCACUAUACUACCUGUGCAGCGCUGAGCAAAACCAGCACUUCUUUUGAGCCCUUCCCAUCGUAAUGGGAAGAUUUUUUUUUUUAUUUAUUUUUGGGAAUGAAAUUAUGAAACAUAAGCAAAGAAACUAGACACACAUAGUGUGUAAAAAUGGCAUUUCAUUUUUUGAAUGUUCAGGAUAAGAUCAAGAGCAUUUGGCCAUCAGCUUCUAAAGCUUAUGUUUACAAAAAAAAUGGAAUGCAAAGUAUUAAUUCAUGCAAAUGUACAGUCGGCUUAUGUGUAAAGCAGUUUGUGCAAGGUUCAGUGAAAACUGAAGUUAUGAAUCCAGGUGGUGGCAAAUCCCUGAAAUCUAGAAAUGUGCACGGCAUGUUCACAGCCAUUGCCUCUCCAGUCCAGACAUAUUUAUACGAGGAAAAUCUCUCCAAUACUCUUAAUUUGCACGAUGACAUAUAGUCCACAUUACGUGCCUUGCCUUUGAAUAUAGAGACAUCACUACACUUGUUUUUGCUGCAUUUAUCAUUAUAGAAAAAAAUUAACAUUUUUAUGAUAAGAAUUGUUUUGUACUCUGAAUAAAAUUGUUGAUUUUUAACUUCAUGUACUACUCUAUCUCACAGUUACAUUGCAUAUCAAGGCUGUGUAUAGUUGCCGUUUUAAAGUUUGUAAUCAACCAGCAUUUUUUUCUCAGUAUUUUGGUGGUUUUUCUAAUAACCUGUCAUCUUUUGUUCUCCUUGUUUUUCAAUUGCUCAUUUUCUCAUCUUCCAGUUACUAUUGUGGAGGGUGGAAUUCAGAAUUAUGAAAAUUAUGCAAUACCAAGUUUUGCCUAUGUAGGUAGUGCUUAUAGAUGCGUCAAUUAUUAGAGGCUAGUUUGGAGAUAGACAAUAUUGUAAUGCAUUUAUUUUGUUGAUAUCGUUGUUUGUCGUUGUUGUUGUUGAUGAUGUUGUUGUUGUGGGUGUUUUCCUUUUUUAUUGACCAAAGUGGGGACUGCUUUCUAUGCAGUGUAUGACAAGGUCUUUUUUUUCUUUCUUUAGCAUAUUUAGGCCUACCAACUGACGGUGAGACGUGUUCCAGUGUAUUUUGAAUUCGGGAGUUUUAGGGGAGAGGGCGGUAUUUUUCUAGAAGUACUUAUAAAAAAAUGCACCCUUGGUCUUUCUACGGCUGCAAAGUCACUGAUUGGUCUACUGUGACUCUUCCUUUCAACUUUCCACCUGGGGUGCUAGCAUGUGAUCUUGAAGGAGCUCAUUUUUCACAGGAGAGACGGCUUGACUUGAGUAUGACAAUCAUUUAAAGAAAUCAGUUUAUGUAGAACUCCAUUUUUUUUUAAGCAGCAACUCAGAAUGAAUACUGUUGCAUGCUCUUAUUGAAUCCUACGCAGUGCUAUUGUAGACGUAACCGAAUGCAAUUCCCAUGUAGAUGCCUUAUCAGUGAAGUGGCCUGUGACCUGCGCAACAAUCACACACCGACUAAUGCUACUGAGACCUGUCCAAAUCAGACGCAGACAGGCUCAAGCAAGCCUUUAGAAAGUAUUUUAUAAGACGUAGAUUUGUACAAAUGUAUAUAGGAUAUGCACAUAUGUCAAUUCCUGAGAUACUUCCCCUGCAGAGCCCCAUAGACAAGAAAAAUUGGACCACAGACGUUUUGUGUUGUCUAAAUAGAAUCUACUAGAAAAAUAUAGCACUUAAAUAGCACAUAGGCAAUCGUCUUCUCCCUGUGCAGUGUUUUGAACCCCCCAGUCUUAAAUAAAUCUCUCAGGAGUAAUACAGGGCAUUAUUUAUAACAAUCGUUUUCCUUCUUUUUAUUGUAAAAAUACUUUUCUCACAGCGGCGCUUUUGUUGCUGCGACACCUUUUGCACUCUUUCCCCUACAAUCGUGAAAGAAAUGUUCCCCUCAGAGAGGUACGAUCACGCAGAGGGCUAAGAAGCAGAAAACUUUUUUUAUUUAUCGUUUUUAUUUUGGAAAAGAAUCCUCAAGUCAAGCUCAAUCUCUCCGUCUUCACCCAGAUUUCUUAUGCAGAAAAAUUGAAAAGUCACCCCGUUCUAUGUGCACUGUUCUGUCUUUUUUAAUUAUUUUCUUUAUUUCUCUUUUAAAAAAAGGAAAUCUCUAAGUGCUUUGCAGCCUUUGGCCAUUGGAGACCCCACUGAAGUGCAUUGUCCCCAAGUAUGUUUGUGACUGGAUGUGUGUUGGAUAAAAAUGUGUCAGGGUCACUUUGGUGUUUAUUUGAAUAGGAGACUGUACAUAAAGGUAAAUAUCCUGAUUGCGUCGAUAGCAGUAGUCUGUGGGGUUGAACUCUGCUUUGGCAGCUUGGGUGUUUGUGUGCAUGCGCGCAUGUGUGACUUGUGAGCUGGGUGUGUGAUCGAGUGCCUCUGACACUACACAACGAGAGAAGAUGAGGGUCUUUCUAUUGAUUAAAAAAAAGAGCCUGCCAUAGGACAGGAGUUUGUACACUGUAAACUUUCUCGAGAGUUCUUCUCUUAAACCCUUAUUUGUAAAUCUUCAAUUCUGGGGGGAAAAAUGAGUCAGUUCCAUUUUAGGGAAAAUUUAAUCGGAGGCUGGAUUUGGGUUAGAACUCUCCAGAAUUCCCCGAUGCAUAGAAUCUAAAGUGUUUUUGCUUAAGUUGUGGUAUUCUUGUAUGUAAAGUAGAAAAAAAGAGGAGGUUGGGAAAUAUUCUAUACAGAUCCAUAAAUAUAAAAACGUCAUCAAUGAAGGCUUUUUAAAAUUGUAAUAUUAUUAUUUCUGAUCUUGGUUAGUGCUUAGAUAUUUCCAUUUGGGAAACACUUCAUGAAUAUUUGAUUUUUUGUUCUUUGAUUAGUGUGGCCAUAGCAAGUGUGAUGUGAUUUAUUUGUUUUUUAAUGGGUAUGAAUUCUUGUCCAACAAGAUGGUGGUGUGAGUGUGUUCCUUGUAGCAGCUGGGAGGUCAUGAAACUUCACCAGUUUAAAGAAAACGGCCCUAGAUUGCACCUGACCUAAAGUGAGAAGCAGGGUAAAAUCUGCAGCAAGAAACGUCCUCUAAGAAUUGAUCAGAUUGCUUCUUUUAUCCUUUAUUUUGUUUGUUUUCAGAGGAAAUGUUGCAAACAAUUGGUGCUACAUUUCAAAAAAAGUUUGGCCAAUUUUGAAAGGUUUACUUCGCCAAUAUGUAGACGAUGCGCUCGUAUAUCUGCUUCAAGAAAAGCAUCAAGGAAUCACUCCUUUUGCACAUUCCACAUGCUGUCUAUGCCCGAUGUCAUGUGGAAAAGUUCCUUUUACACUACAAACAAACAAGACGAAUUGCAGAUGCUUCAUUUUAGGGAACUGUACCUUCUAGCUAAUGAGGGUAUAGCUGCUAAUAUAUUUAGCAUCUUCAGGCUAGGUUACACAUUUCUGUGGCCAAUCAAUAAGCUUGAAACUUGAAAUUUUAACCCACCUAUCAGCAGCUUCAAGGCAGAUUUUAACACUCACAACAACAUCAUUUUACAAAGUGUUUUGUCAAUCAUGAAACAGGGCGACUUUAUGCAAGGAGGACCUGUGGCACUCAUGCAAUAUGUGUUAUUUUCUUUGAAACUGAAUGUCACAUUCUGUAGAGGACUCAGAGGGCAAAUACACAGACAUAGAGGAAACAUUAGAUCUUCAUUUUCAUCCUACAUAAGCAAUACACCUUCCACACGUUGGCUAGCUGCUAGUCACUUAGCAUCAGGUUGUUCUAAACAUGAAAACCAGCAUUUUUACCAGAUGUAACAUUCACCUAAAGAAGACUAAAAGAUAGCAAUGCAGUGCCUGUUCAAGCUGUCCAAGUGUCUGUUGUAAAUACUUGUAAAAUGUGAUAGACUUACUUUCAUAUGUGACGAGAUGAAACACCUUCACACAGAACAGAAUGUGGCUAACUCAUCUGGAUUAUUCUCAUGACCUUUUUGAUGUCUUUGGGUUUUUUUUUUUUUAUUAUUUUAGGGAGGGGGGUCUAUUGUGUUUUUUUUAAAUCAUGGUAACAAUGCCCACAUCAUAUCAAGCUUGUUGAAAAUUUGAGAGAAAGUGUUUUAUUUUGUUUCAUUUGUAAAAGGGGGAGUGGGGCAGGGGUUCAGUGCUACACUAAACACAGUGAAAGGAUGAUCAAAAAUGUCUUUUCUCAAGAUUGGUCACCAGUUUUCUCUGCAGGGCUGAUUUAUUUUUGGGUCUUGUGGCACUUUUAAUUCCCUCUGCGCGCACAUUUCUACUUGAUGAAAUUAUAUUUAAAAUGAACAACAACAACAACACCAACAAAAACAAUAUGUAAACAGUCUCCAGUAGUGAUCGUAGUUACACUGCAAGUGUGUGCAAAGGUCUAUGUAUGUAUCUGAAUGUACGUUUUAGAGGACUUUUGAAAACCUUUUGUUUUUAUUUGUUUUUUAUCUUUCAUUGACAGUUUAGGAGCCACAGGUGUCCAUUGUGAACUGUAUAGCGAAGGCCUUGAUAUCCCUUCUUUUAUUGAUUUUAGAAACGCCAAGCAUAAGGCGAUGCCUUCAAGCUGGUUACAUUUGGUGCAGGGGCUAAAAUUGCCACAAGAUUAAAAUCAGUGUAAAUAAAGGCUCAACUUUUUGUGAUUGUUACUGUUAUAUCCAGCCUAUACUGCUAGCAGCUGUUUUUACUGCAGUCAAUUACUGGAAGUGGAUAUAUUUCCUAUGCAAAACUGUUUAAACAAUAAAAUGAGCUAUGCUUCAAAAAUGA